UCUGCCUUUAAUAGCUACAUGAUAGGCAAGAACACAACUGCUGAAGAUUUCCCAGCACGCCCCCUUCCCCCUCCUAUGAGAUUCUGCCUAGUAACCGAUGAUGCUAGUCCAGGGCUGCUUUUUGCUAUUGGUUAUCUCCUGUCCUUUCCACUAACAACCGCCUGCCGAGUCUUCCGGGACUUUCCAAGUUCCCACGCCAUCAGUUUGUUUGCGUUCAAACAGAAGAAGCCGGGAAGGGGAUGGCUGAUAAGGGGCCGAGCCGGGUUCUUUCUCUGCCCUCUCUCUGGUGCAUCUUCUUUCUAGGGGCAGCUGCCAUCCGAGGGGUUUGCUCUGGUUCCCACUCCUUGCGCUACUUUUACACAGGGGUGUCGUCUCCAGGACAUGGCAUCCCUGAAUUCAUGGCAGCUGGUUAUGUGGAUGACCAGCUUUUCACCUUCUACAACAGCAGUGUGGGGAGCGUGGAGUCACGGGCAACAUGGGCAGAAGAGGCGAUUGGGGAGCAUUACUGGGAUGCAAUCAUCGUAGGCACCCAGCAGAGGUUCCACAUGGACUUGCGAGUCCUGGAGGAUCGCUACAACCACACAGGUGGGUCCCACACACUUCAGCUCCUGUGUGGCUGCGAGCUUCACGCAGACGGCAGCAUCGGGGCCUUUUGGCAACACAGUUACGAUGGGGAGGACUUCCUGGGCUUCGACAUGAACACCUUCACGUACGUGGCCCCUGUCCGCCAGGCUGCGAUCACCCAGCGCAAGUGGAACAGCAAGGAGAAGGUCCUGCUGCAGAGGGACCGGGCCUACCUGCGGGACAUCUGCAUCGAGUGGCUGCGGAAAUACGUGGAACACGGGGCAGAGACAUUGCGCAAGAGAGAGCCCUGGGUACAUCUGAGUGAGAGGCCAACCCCGGAUGGCGGCAUUCACUUGUCGUGCCAAGUCUAUGGCUUCUACCCACAAGAGAUCUCCGUGGGGUGGCUGAGGAAUGGUGCCAUUCUGCCCAAGGAAAUGUUGGCCUGGGGAGUGGUCCCCAGCGGGAAUGGGACUUACCAGACACGGGUGGUCAUCGAGGUGGACCCCAGUGCCAGUGAUCAGUACGAGUGUGCCGUGAAGCACGAGAGCCUGGCUGGGGAGCUUCGUGUACGCUGGGAGCCAAAGGCCUUUUUGGUUCCCAUGGUGGUGGCUGCAGUCGGAGCUGUUUUACUGGCAGUUGCAAUUGCUGGGAUUUUCCUCUUCCUGAGAAGAAGGCGAAUCGGCUACAAAACAGCAUCUACACGUGAGACAGGAUCUGAGGACACUGGUGGAGGUGAACCUGGAGCGGGUGGCUAUCCCAAUGGUGCUGCCCUGUCCUCGGUCCUUCAUGAUGCUGAACAAACCUGAUCUUGCUUUGUUGACUCACUAGUUGAGGAAGAGAGAGAGAGCUGGCCACUGAGAGUCUUCUGCAAGAAUUGUUCUUUGAGAACAUGUUUGAGCUUGCCCUGUAGGAUGCAGACUCGAGAAAGGGC